GCAUUAUCUUUGUCAGCGGAUGCCGUCGGAAACCUCUAUCGUCUUUUGAUACACACAUGAUGUUUUAGGUGUGUUUCUUUAAGCCGCAUUAUCCAUCCAUCUACCUGCCUUAUACAACGAUAAAACGUUUUGGAAUUCUACUAUCACGACACUUUCUAUUUCAUGCUUAAACUAAUAUCUGAGAAAACUCGGUUAUCGGCAUCAUAUCAAGCACUUGUCAUGCAAUCAUCAACCAUCUUUUGCUAUACAAACUCCACAGAGAUGCUGCAGAUCUCCAUUCUUCGCCCCUGGUCCUGACUAGUAUGCGGCUUGAACUGUCGAAGAUCGGUAGUUGGUUGGGCGCAGUGUGGAUAUGCAUUCAUGGCAUUUAUAACCAGUGUUAUACUAUUAUGUAUGCAUAUGAGGAAGCGAAGCAGGGCGUUUCAAGGCGAAUCAAGACGUUGAAACACAGCAUGUCUCCAUUGAUAGACGUUUGGCUCACGGGACGGUGCAAGUUGAUAGGCUCCCUCUAUCCGUUUGAGUGAACAACUGGAGCUGAAGCUGGAACUGGAACUGGAACUGCAAGUGUCUGUCACUUGUAUAGUAGUGAUACUGUGAGAUACUGUAUGACCCUGACUCCCAAUCCCAACCCCAACACUAUGUAUACCAUAGUCUGCCGUUUCCCUGUUUCCUUUUCUUCUACCUCGUCGCCGUCGUCGUCGUCGCCCUUUGUUCUCUACAUCAACGGCCGUGUUUCUUCAGUACCUACCUACCUACCUACAUACAAGAGAUCCCCUGGUGGCCAUCUCUUGGCAUCUCUAGUCCUCGCUCUCAUACUCGUUUCCUCCUCCACAGCUGAUCUCUCGGCAAACACUCGUCCAGUUCCUCCAGUUUUUGUUUUACUUUGGUCAAAACUGUUCCAUUUGUUUCCUUUCCUACCUACACCGGUGAUUGAACGACUAUCACGCUCCUUCCAUUUCUGUCGUCUUCUGUUCCACGCUUUCCACUUGGCUACCCACGCCCUCUUUCCUUCCCUCUUUCCUUCCCUCUUUCCUUCCCUCUUUCCUUGCUAGGCCACUUCCUUCCUCCUGUCGUUUUCCCAUCUCUACCAGACCAGGACCGUCCAAAACGUCUCUCUGGACUUCCAUUUCAACCAUGAGUCGUCAUUCCCACUCAAUACACUCACUCUCUGACGAGGAGAAGAUGGGAUUGCUCGACAACAGGUCUGUCUCCGACGUUGACAGUGACAGCGGUCGAGAUGAUCAAGACCACCAUCGGCUUCACUUUGAGAAAUGGGCCGGCCCCAUUCUCGCUCCCGUGGACUACGUUCGUUCAACCCCUUGGAGAGUUUACCUAGUUCGCUUCGCCUGGUUCUUCGUUCCCAGUUAUCUUCAGGGACGACAUGCUCGGGAACAGAUUCGACCGGCCAAGCUCGCUCCUACAGCCUACCUCGACGGCAUGCGAGGCGUUGCCGCCCUCGUCGUCUUUUUUUGUCAUUUCUUCUAUCAGGCAUUCGUCAUCGCCAAAGGCUGGGGCUGUGACGACGCCCACUACAACAUCUUGAAGCUACCAAUUAUUCGACUGUGGUACCAGGGUCCUCCAGCUGUCUGUCUUUUCUUUGUCAUCUCGGGUUAUGCCCUCUCCUAUCGACCUCUCAAGCUCAUCCGGGGCAGGAACACCCAGGACUUCUCGACUACCAUGAGUUCUCUAGUGUUCCGACGAGGCAUUCGUCUAUACCUUCCAACCGCUAUCUCCACCCUAAUGAUCGUUUGCUUCAUUCGCCUGGGUGUUUACGAAUGGACCAGAGAGUUUGCCAUGGACCGUACCUACAUGAGGAACGUCAGAGAACCUCACCCCUCACGUCUCUCCACAAACUAUGCCCAGUUCACAGAAUGGGCAAAGGAUAUGUUCGAUUUUGUCCAUGUCUUCGGCUGGAAGACCCACGGGGGAAGUACCAACUAUGACCAGCAUCUGUGGACCAUCCCUGUUGAGUUCCGUUGCUCGCUGUAUCUCUUCCUCACCCUAAUAGCCACUGCUCGACUUCGAAGUCAGUACCGAUUCAUCACAGUUGCCGUUAUAAUGCUCUUUACCUACCGAAAUUCGCGUUGGGAAUUUCUCAUGUUCCUCUGCGGCAUGGUCCUGGCUGAGAUUGAUCUUGUCCGCGGCGCCCACGUCUCACCUCCUGCUCUCCCCAUCGAGGAGAAGACCCAGUCUAAUCAACGCCGUUGGUACCAUAGCGCUUUCUGGGCAAUUUUCAGUGUCGCGAGCUUAUAUCUUAUGAGUCAACCCGAUGAGGGCGGUGAUCGAACUCCGGGCUGGAUCUACCUUACGUCGCUGAUUCCUAAGUGGUGGGCGGCCGAGAAGUACAGAUACUGGCAAUGUACGGGUGCUGUUAUGUUUGUUCUCGCAGUGAGCCGCUCGUCUAACUGGCAGCGCGUGUUCAACUCUGCUUUCGUGCAGUACUUGGGCAAGAUCUCUUAUGCCCUUUAUCUUAUGCAUGGACCCGCCAUCCAUGCCGUUGGAUAUCAUUUCGAAAGAUGGUCCUAUAGUGUGACAGGUACUGAGGGGCACCGCUUCACUGCUGGUUUCGUCCUGAGCUCUUUCUUUGUGAUUCCAACUAUCUUUUGGUGGGCUGAUAUAUUCUGGCGAGCGGUUGAUAUCCCAACAGUCAAAUUCGCAAAAUGGUGGGAAAACAAGCUUAUUGUUAAGUCGGACUAGAGUUCAUGGCACCAGAAGAAAACUGAUUCGUGAUAUUCGGCGUUUGAGGUUAGCGUUUUGCAAGCUUUGGUUCUACAGAGGCUGGUCUUCGGGACGAAGACCUAUUCCGCGGCGUUUGGGUGUUUGAUUUCUAUCGCACAAGAGACAGAAGGGGGGAGUCCAUUUCUUUCACCCCGGGAGAGGUCUAUGAGAUGUCGUGACUUGGUGGCAUCCACACGUUCCGUUCAGUUGCUAAAACAGUACCAUAUUAAAAGAACUGUUAGAUCAUUUUGGGUGCGAAUAUAGGUGCAGAGAGGUCAACAAAAUACAACUUCUAUUUCUAGCUUUGUCAUAUGUAACUUCGAC